UGUAGUAUUCAAGAUGGCUACGACAUACAGGAUGGUUGAGGUGAUGGAGUUAGUGCUGGCGAAAAAGACAUAGGAGUGAGGCUGACAGCAGCUGGAGUGGUGGUUGUUUACAUUGUAUAACUGGGAUUGGGGAUAACAUUAAGCAAGGAGAGUCCAUAAGGCACGGGUUCUGAAGUGCACCUACUAAAAGUAUCUGAACAAGGAAUGGCGGAGCCGCGUAGAGUGCCGUUUGUGAGCUUGUCACCCAUGAAGUCACGCGAGGCCGGCGGAAGCCUGGUAGUGGAACACCAUCAUCAGCGAUCCCCUCAAAAUAUGCAGCAUUCGGGACAAAUGUCGCAAAGGCCGCCGCAGCCGAGGCCAAUUCAGACGGCCGUGCAACCGCAAAGGCCUCCCCCGCAGCAGCUGACCAUGCAUAGAUCGCCACGCGAAACACAUACUUUGUCUACUGUAGCUAAAGAUGUCGAUGCUGUUAAAGCCGACGGGCACUGUUUGCAAAAACCUCGGGUUACAGUGAGACUUGAGUGGCCUUUGUCUGAAGCUACGGAAGAAGGCUGUCCGGAGUUUAGUUAUCCGGAGCUACUACAAAAUGAGUUAAAGCGAAGGCGAGUUGUUACUGUUGGAUCAGUAAAAGAGGAACGGGCACAGAAUGAUCCCUUUAAUGAUGACGAACGAGAGAGAAUGGAAGUGGAAAGCCUGGCCAAGAAAUUUGAGGCCAAAUAUGGAGGAAAAGUCCGCAAACACCGGAAGGAUCGUAUGCAGGAUCUCAUAGAUAUUGGUUAUGGUUACGAUGAGACGGACCCAUUUAUUGAUAAUUCUGAGGCGUAUGAUGAAUUGGUUCCAGCAUCCCUGACAACCAAACAUGGGGGAUUUUACAUCAACACUGGGACGCUGCAAUUUCGUCCGGCAUCAGAUUCAGAAAAUGAAGAUUUUGUUGAGUCUAAAAAACACAAAACCUCUAAAGUGUCUAAGUUGAAAGAAGAUGAUCGUUUGGUAAAGAAACGCAAAAGGAAAGAAGAGAGUGCAGAGAAAGAAAAACCACCAAGAAAACUUAAAGUUUCCAAACAAAUUGGUGUGGUGACCUUCAACUCUCACAAACCUGACAAGAAAAAGAAAAAGCAUUACAAAGACUCACCUUCCCUUGCUGCCAUGCUGCGAAAAUUUCAGAAGGAAAAAGACGCCAUAAGAAAAAAACAAUCCAUGACGAAUCCACCCACUGUGAAAGUAGUUACUGCUCCACCUAGGCCUGUCACUACUACUACUACUACUGCCGCUGCUGCUAGUGAUUUAUCAGAUCUAACGCUUGGUGCUGAUCCGAUGCUUGCCAUCUUUGGUGGUGGCAGUGAGCUCCUGCAGGAGGCAGAGAGUGCUUUGGAAAUGCUUGGUGACUUUGAUUUUGACAAACUUUUAGAUUCUGCAUCUGACAGCCCUGGAGAUUCUGAUCAUGGAGAAAAUGGUACUACUGGCCAGUCUGUGAAUAUUUCCCAGGUUCAGGCACCCAAGCAAGUACCCCCUAUUCCUGAUGGUCUUCCAUCGCAGCUGGAGAAACGCAUUGAGGAUUUGCGAGUGGCUGCAAAAAUGUUUGAUGAAGAAGGUCGAAAAAAGUUCUUUACUCAAGAAAUGAAUAACAUUUUAUUAGACAUUGAGUUACAGCUGCAGGCACUGAGCCCAAGCAAUAGAAAUGUGGUUUACGGUUAUAUAGAAGCUUUUGUUCCUUGCAACAAGGAGACGCUUGUCAAGCGCCUAAAAAAACUUCAUCUUCACAUACAGGAUGAUCAAUUGAGAGAGCCUUUGCAGAGACUAAAAAUGGCUAUUAGUAGUGUAAUGCCUGACCAAUUAAACAGAUACCAAGUAGACUGUGAAGCACGCAACCAGGCCAAAAAUGCCAAGCACCAGGGAGAGGAGGAUCGUGAUAAAAAUCCUUCUGAGGAAGAGGAUGACGAGAAGCCUGGCAAAAGGGUGAUGGGUCCACGGAAGAAGUUUUGUUGGGAUGAUCGUAUAAGGAAUUUGCUUUGUAACUUAGUGAGAAUAAAGCUGGGAUGCUAUGAACUUGAACCUAAUAAAACCCAGUCAGCAGAAGACUAUUUAAAGGCGUUUAUGGAGACAGAGAUUAAACCGUUAUGGCCCAAAGGUUGGAUGCAGUUAAGGAUGCUGUUUAAGGAAAGCCGUAGUGUACACAAUCAUCUCACCUCUGCUCCAGCUAAGAAAAAAGUUAUUCUGGCCCCUAAGCCAAAAGUCAAGGAGUCUAGUCCAAAAAAGGAACAAAAGACAUCAACUCCUCUCCCCACAGUAGUCCGUGCACCUUCUUUGAAUGCAGUUACACCAAUAGGUGGUCCAACCGGCUCAAGUUGUACGUUCCCUUCAGAGACUAUAUGUCUAGAUGACUCUUUGGAUGAAGAUCUUUCUUUCAAACCUCCUUCAUUGGAUUCUAUCUCUGAGGCACUUGCUGUGCUUAAUAAUGGAGCAAAUACCCCAACAUCCAUGUGCAACAUAGACACUCCUACCUCUAGGCCAAGGACUGCCUUGAGAGAGGAAAAACUUGCCUCAAUCAUGAGCAAAUUGCCAUUGGGGGGUCCUAAAAAAACCGAACCUCCUCAUCAUACGUCCAGCCUUAUUGCUGGCCAUUCAGCCUCUCAACCAAAGAAAGCCCAAGAUCUGGCACCAGCCCUUCCCACAGUGGUCUCUGGGCUUAUUGCAGGAUCUUCAAUACAAAACCCAAAAGUGUCACUUGAGGCACUACCUACAAAGCUGCUUCAGCAAGGAAUCCAGAGAUCUCAGGCUGAGGUGUCUUCGUCUACACCUCCUAAGGUCAAGGCUUCUUCAGCUACACAAACCAAAGCAGCUUGUGCUUCCUCAUCAUCUUCUACCCCUUCCUCCUCCUCAUCAGUGUAUUUGGUAUCCUCUUCGCAAGCCCAUGUAACCUCCCUUUCUUCACAAGUUCAAAACGCUUCUUCGUUACAUGUUGCCAAGGUCCAUCAGCACCAGAACCUUCAGCAAACUUAUGUAACACCAUUACAAGCAACCAUCAGUAAAUCUCAUACUAACCCUGUUGUGCGACUGACCAGCAGUCCCCAGAUCUCUUCCACGUCACCCAUUGUAAAGACACCUGAAAAACUUACAAUUUACCGGCCACCCUCUUUACCCUCACCUAGUAGCAGCCAUCAUACUUCAGUAUCUCGAACAGUUGCCUCUUCUACCUCCAGCAACCUCUUAGCAAAAAAUAUUGGUGUACAAGGUUCAAGUUCUGGCUUCAAAUCCCCAUACACCAUGGCCCCAUCCCCCAAGCCCUCCACUACUCCUAGUUCUUCCAGUUCAUCUACUUCUGUCUCCCUGAGUAAUACUACUCACAAGCUGUCAAGUUCAAGUAUUGGACGUCCCUCACCUACAGCUAGCCCAUUGUCUGCUGGCCGGGGGUUUGGAGGCACCCAGGGGACAAAGAAUCCUUCAGUGCUCCCCAAGAUGACAGGAUCUUCCCCUAAAACAAAUACUCCUAAUAUCAGACAACCCAGUCCGUCUCCAAAAACAUCCACCCCUUCUCCAAAGCCACAGACUGCUACAACCCCUGGACCUAUUAUAAUUGCAACAACUAACUCUGCCAUUAAUGUAACCAUACCCAGGGCCAACCCUAGUUUUACAACAAGUAGGACUAAUAUUUCUGGAAGUACAUCAAGUGGCGCUUUGGGGGCUAGCAAACCGCCAGCUCAUCAUAGACUAUCUGCCUCAGGUUCCCCAGUUGCAGUUCCCCCUGUACAGUCUACUGGAACAGCCUCUAUUCUUGCCAGCACUUCACCGCUGACCCUCAUGACAUCACAGCUGUCUGCAACAAACCCAAAUGUGACAACUUCUUCACUUGGCCCAUUUGGAAUGCUAGGCGGGCUGGUCCCAGUCAAUAUGCCGUUCCAGUUCCCACUUGAGUUGCUUGGCUUCGGGAGUGACACGGCCAGCGUGGUUACGUCCCAGGGUUCUACCUCAACUGCUUUCCACCACAACCUCACUCAAAAUAUACUGAAAGGGUUACAGACACCCUCUCCACACACCCCCACCAUCUCUCAUCCCAGUUUGCCUCCUCAUGUACAGCAAACAUUUGCAGAUGGAGGCCAAAGUAAAGGAGAUUCCAAACUACAGCGAAAAAGCCAGUGACUUCUGAACAAGAAAAUGGAUUGGAGGGAGAUCUGUCAUGUUUGUCUUUUCUGAUUGGCAAUGAAUUGUCCUGUCAGAAAGUACUUCGCUGGCUGUAAAGGCACCAUAUGCUGUCUAUGUUUACAUUACUCUGAUCCCAAUCACUGUGGAGAACACGUAACGUGAUGAAGGCAAGAAGAUUAUUACAGGAGACUGGUCUUUUGCAUGACUGGCUAUAAGAUGGUGCUACCAAACCACAAAAAAAAAGUGGGGCACAUGUCCACUCUCUGCAAACAGAAUUAAUUACUAGUUUGAUCAUGCAAUUAAUAUUUAUUUUUCUUGAUCUAUUAUUACAAGAACUAAACAUCAUGCGGUGUAACAAUUUCUGUACCAUUUAUGUAGAAAAAUGCAGCACAAGAUUGUCAGACAAAAAAAAUAAACUCAAAAAGUUAUACAAAAAUAUCUUAUUUUUCAGUUUAGACUUAGAUUAGCUAAUCACUCAACUAAUGUAGGUUUCCAUUUGCUUCUACAGUCUGUAGUACUUUGUAUCAAAAAGUACCGAUCGAGCAAUGGCUCUUUAAAGAAAAAUAGCACAUUAACAAUGUAUUGCAACAGGAGUUUUAGUUCCCCGGUUUCAUCUUAUAAUUCUGUUAUUUGCAAACUGACGCAAGAGAACACAGCUGCAUAAAGAUUAGUAGCUAUUAAACACACUAACAUUUGGAGUUCCGUUUUUGAGAAAGUUGUAUAAUGAUCUAAUAGGAGUUGCUGUAGUAAAAUGUACUCAUUUGGUAAAGCAUAUCCAAAUAUCUUGCUUUCGGACAUAAUGUUGGCAUACCUAUGAAAGACAUAUGUUAAGUAAACAAAGUAGGAACUAAAACGUGGGUGGUUCAUUAUCAUCUUUUUGUAUUAUACUCUUUAUAGCUCUGUUGAAACAGCACAAAUUAGAAGUCUUUGGGUUUAAAAAAAAAACAGAAAGCAACACUUCAAUGCAAGCUUGUCAUUUAUAAUGGAUGUAGUGAUCUAUAGUGCCUGCUUACAAUAAUUCGAAUAAGCAUUAUUUUUUACUGUUUAUCAAUACCCUAAAUUGGUGCAUAUAACAGACUAUGAUGGGUCCUUCAGUACUUGUGAAAAAUACAUUGCAAGUGUGUCCUUCUAUUUAGACUGCUUUUCAUCCAUUCUGACCGGAGUUUAAUUUAUUUGCAAUAAAGUUUGAAUUUCUUUGUUUUUAUUGAGGGAUAGAUCUGCCUCAAGUGUAAAAACUGCCAUUUGUGGUCUGUCAGUUUCCUUUAUUGUUAUAGAGUGAAAUAAAAGCCACUGGACUUUAGGUAUCUUAAAAUUAAAAUAUUCUACUUUUUCAGUUACCUUCGUCGUAUGAGACUCAAUUUUUGGAAUCACAAGUGAACUUCUGUCAAACCCAUAUGUGUUUCUGAAAUCAUGAAGCAAUAAUGAUUCUUGUGGAUAGAAUAUAAGUCAUGAUAUAGCUUUGUAUUUUGUGGAAUAUCUAUAUCUUAUAGCCAGUCAAGCAGAAGUAGGCAGGAUAAGGUCUGGAGGUAGUUUCUAUUAUUCUGCGGUGGCGGCGAAGGAACUUGUGUAUUGGAGAACCGCGGUAUCUAAUUUUGGACAAAAGGGUGCUUUCAUACAUUGCUGCUAUAGGUGUGAUAUUUUUCUUUUUUUUCCUCUUUGCUGUAGUACAAUAGAUUUAAUAUAAUUUAAAUCCUUGCUGAUUCCUGGCUUAUCAAGGGCAUUAGUGUUUUACCAUCAAUUCUGCAAUUGUAAGUGGUAACUACUAUUUGUUGAUUUUUAAUUUGCUUCUCUUGAGCAAUUAUUCUCAUAUUUCAUUCUUGUACUGUGCACAGAAAGCUGACUAUCUAAAGAUAACCAUUUAUAUUUUUAAGAAUACACAGUGAUGGUGGUAGAGAUGGACAGUGAAAACACCUGGACCCCCGAGUAGAGUCAUUUCCACUUACUGAACAAAAUUAUAGUUCAUUGUUUAAGUGCCUUUUAUUUCUUGUGCUUAUGUACAAAUUCUCAUCAUAGUGCCAGUUACUGUUACUUAAUACAAAAAAAAAAUGUUCCUUCACAGAAGGACGCAUGUGCAUUAUAUAUUUUUUUUAAUUAUUUUUCUUCUUUCCUCUCUGAUGUUGGAUUGAUAACAUUUCUUGUAUUUUUUUGAUUCAAUAAGAGGUGCCUUUUCUGGCAUUAGGGCGUUUAAAGACGGCAUAGGUACUCUUAACUGUUGAGACUCGACAAGUUUUUUUUUUUGCUGGAGCUUUGUAGGGAUGGUUUUAAUAUGGGUAGAAGAGAUGGUUGCCCAGAAUCCUAGUGUUUAAUGAUUAAAAUAUAAAAUAAAAUAUUUUGGUGAUCCUGUG